UCCUCCUACACUGCCAUCAUCAUGGACUCUCUCAUACACUCCUCCCACAAGAUCAUGCUCGAGCGAGCCUGUGCAGAGGACGGCGAGCACCACCCCCAGCAACUCUCGGACAUUCCACCACCAGCCUACUCCGCCGAAGACAACUUGACCGACUCCGAGAAUGAAGACGAGGACGAAGACCCAUCCCCAGUAACCCUCAUCCUCAACGCCGAAACAAAAGUCCAUGGUACUGGCAACAUGAUUGCAACACCACCACUCGCCGACGCAACCCGUCUAUCAGCACUCCUUCUCGCUGCAGUACAAAGUCUCAACGCUACAAAGACCAAUGCUACAGAAGUUGGCCUGCCCUCGCCUGUCUUGCAGGUCAACCUUACCAUCAACUGCGGUAUCACUGUCAAUGGCGACAAGAACGUCAUCGGCUACAAGACACAGGGUGUUCUGCCAUCCACCCCCAAGAGGAAGGCCGCUGAAGAGGGCCCUGAGGAUGCCCCUGAAGCCAAGAGAACCAGAGCUCAGUGA